AGGGGUCCCCAGUGCCCUACAGAGCUUGGGAGUAGUGGCCAUACACAGUGCCCCUCCAGGAGCAGGUGUCGGAUAGGAACAGUGAGCCUUUGCGAAUGGACAGGUCUGCAGUGGCUCUCUCUCUCUCUCUCUCUCUCUCUCUCUCUCUCGUGUGUGUGUGUGUGUGUGUGUGUGUGUGUGUGUGUGUGUGUGUAAGGCAUUUUUAGUUGCUAAGCAGCUGAUAUACUGAAGCUUUUCUAUUUCAACAGUGAGUCAGGAGACUUAGGGCCUAGUAGUCCUGGCUCACCUUGCUGUGUGACCUUGGACAAGUAUGUUGAAUUCACCCAGUCUCAGUUACAUCAUUUACAACAUGGGGCUCAGCAACACUGUUCUGUCCCUUCCUCGAGGCUGUUGUGAGGACAGUGGGAAACUAUUUCAGAGGAACACAGUGGCCUGGGAAGAGUCUUCUGGGGGAAGUAGGCAUGCCGGGAGCCCAGUACUGGGGAUGUCUGUGGAGCACUGAGCAUGUUGCUCAGUCAUUGGGCCAGGCCUGGCCCCCUAGGGCCUUGUUUUGGUUCAGUGACCCUCCACCUUUUAAGUAUAUGGUUCAUCUUGUUAAACAAGGAGGCGCCACCUUUAAUGUUUAACCCAGGGAAGUCACUUUCAGGUUCAUAGGGUUUUUGUUUUGUUUCCUGCUUUCAGUCACCAGGAUCUCACCUUCCUUGCAGGUUUGGGGGGCUGGUGAUUGCAUCUGCAAGUGCCCAUGACCGAGCUGGUGUCCUCCAGGGGAGGGUCCCCUGAGGGAGACGGGGAGGAGUGUCUGGGGGACGAGCAAGGCCUGGUCAUCCACCACCCCGCGGAGGAACAGUGCCACCGCUGCCCACUGUGCGGUCAGACCUUCUCCCAGCAGCCCAGCCUAGUGCGGCACCAGAAGGCUCACGCCGGGGCGGGCCGCGUGGCGGCCUUCGUGUGUCCGGAGUGUGGCAAGGCCUUCAGCGUCAAACACAACCUCGAGGUGCACCAGCGCACGCACACCGGCGAGCGGCCCUUCCCCUGUCCCGAGUGCGGGCGGUGCUUCAGCCUCAAGCAGAACCUGCUCACGCACCAGCGCAUCCACAGCGGCGAGAAGCCGCACCAGUGCGCACAGUGUGGCCGCUGCUUCCGCGAGCCUCGCUUCCUGCUCAACCACCAGCGCACCCACGCGCGCAUGCCCGCGCCGCACCCCCGCCGCCCCGGCGUCUUCGGGGAGCGGCGACCCUACUUCUGCUCCCGCUGUGGCAAGAGCUUUGCGCGGGAGGGCUCGCUCAAGACCCACCAGAGCAGCCAUGGCCAUGGGCCCGAGGGCCCGGCGGCCCAUUUAGGCCGCGUGCUAUAAUGCACACGUGGCUUUCCACCUUCGACUGCCUCCAGUUCCAGAGCCUCAUCCCAGGGCGCUGGAGCUGGCGCUGGGCUGUGUUCUCCUCUCUGGAUGGGCUUUCAGGGUCUUGCGGUGUUGAAGGGGCUUGGGCCUCCCUCUUUCCUGCCUCCCUCUGGACCCUGUGGCUGGCUGCAUGCAGCUUCUUGGUUUGCCUCCUCAGGCUGCUGCGGCCUAGAGCAGGCAACUUGGAGAGGGCCACUUUCCACAGUCCCCAGGCCAGAGCUCAGCUCCCAAGGCCUCAACCUUCUGCACCCACUGUCUGUUGUCCUUGAGAAGCCAUUUCACUUCAUGGCUCAGUUUGCUCAUCUAUGUGGACAGGACCUCAUGACCUAGGAUGCGCAGGGCACAUCUGGGCAUGGAGACUAGGGAUGGAAUCACAUGAGGCCUGGCACCCAGGCAUGAGGACAUGACUCCUCAGAAGACCUACCUCUGGAGGUGCCCUAUACUGGUAGAACCUGGGACUAGAGGGUAUUUCCAAGCCCUGGUGGAAAAACUCCCCAGGUCUGGUUUGAGUCACAUCUGGGCAAACCUCCUUCUGACUGCCUGACCGUGGACCUCAACUCAUGUGUGGGAACUGAAAUGGCACCCGUGUGGAGAGCUGGUUUCUCUGCUCCAGUGUGGCCCACCACUUGACUGAAGGUCAGAGAGAAGCAGUGACUGGUCUGUGCUGACAAAGCAAGUUGGUGGCAGACCUGGCUUGGGAGACAAAACUUCCCCCCUAGGCUUCCAUACCCUUUCUGAGCUAGAAAGGUUAACAAUUCAGGGUCAUGUGACCCUUUAUAAUCUGAUGGGGCUGUGGAACUUCUCCCAGGUCAGUCUCAAAAGCCCAAGCAAUUUCAGGAGCCUCUGGACACCAGACUGAGGACCUUAGCCCUGGAGGCUUCACCUGCCCCCCUUCCCUUACUCCAUCAAGAGCACUACCAAGUCAUGUUUCUCUCCUCCUGGUCUUCCCUCGUUUGCAGAUAAAGAAUUCUGAGGCAGAGACCCUUUUGGUUCACCCCUUUUCCCCAAUCUAACCAUCACCACGUUUCUAUAACCCAGUUUCCCUUCCCCUGACAUGGCCUAAGAUGCCCAGUCUCGGUUGCUUCUCUCCUUUCUGUUUCUGACAGGCUGUAGGUUUCCACAGUGGAACCCUCUGCUUGACUUUGCUUGUGAUAUCACUGUGAAGUCUCAGGGGAGGCUGGACCGCCAAAGGGCUGGUAAAUCAUUGUGUUUUCUCUGUGUGUAUCCCAGGUAGAAGGAAUACUGUUUCUGUCCUGCCUGGCCAGGUGUGCAGCUCCAGGCAGGUAUCCCCUGGGAAGAUUGGGGUGGAUGAGCACCAGAGCUUGGCAGUUGGUGCCUGUGAUUCUGGAUAGUGGGAGAAGCCAGUGGAUGAGUUGUUUGUCCCCCAGAUGAGCAGGAAUAAAGUAGAAGGGAGUGGAUUCUGGGCUACUACUGGUCAAGGACUCCUGUCUUCACAUUGGAGCAGGUCAGCUGCGAGUCUGUGAGUACUUCCUCACUUCCCCAGUACAAACCACUCAGAACCAGGACACUGUGCAGGGCUGGGUAGAAACCUGCAGACUCCUGACCUGGGAUUUUACUGUUCUGUCUCCCAUGAAGUUUGGCUCACAGGUUCUUACUGAACCCCAGUGCCUCAUUCUGGGGUUGCUGUGUGCUCAGAGAUCUGAGAAAAGGGGAGGCAUUCCAUCGGCACCCCAGGGCCUUCCGUGCAGCUCUUAUCCUUGGCCAGUCUAGAGGAGCCCUCGCUGUGUCCCUCAGCAAAUUGUCCAGCUUGUCUCUUCCCUGCCAUAACUGUGCUAUGCCUUCCCCUGUGAUACUCUGAAAUCUUCCCCUUCCUUUCUUCCUCUCUGCGAAGUCUCCCUAUCCACCAGGGCUAAGCCUCCCAGCCCACCCAGCUUGCAUACCUUCCUCUGAACAGUACCCAUGUUAACACACUGUGUCUUCCUCAAGUACAUGCUGUCUAAUCUUAUGCUUGUUUCUUCUGUGUACGUGCUGUGUGCACGCAUGUUCGCUUUGAGUCCCCAACUAGACUGUGAGCUCCCUGAGGGCAAGAGGCUGUCAUUUCUUUUUCAAUGCCGAGUGGGUCCAGCACAGGGCUGGGCUCCUAACUCUCAGGAAACACUUGUCAACUGGCUGAUGAAAUAAAUGCUGGAGGUUGUGGGGGCCUGGGAGGUGUGCAAGGGGUGAGGGUGUGAGGGUUAGUUGGUUGAGCUCUGGGUUGACUCAUUGAAUCAAUAAAAGAUGCUGGGGGCCUUAGGUCCAUGCAUACUGGGGGCAGUGGGAGGAAGAGGGAGUUCCCCUACGGCUUUGCAGGAGUGCCCAUGAGUGAUUGUCUAGGCUGGACAUAGCUGGAGGUCCCUGACACCUGCUGGAACUGAUUGAGUAAAAUAAAUGUUCCUCCAACAAUA